CGUAUUGGAAGUCUUAUUGGAAAUUAGCAGAAACUUCCAAUAUUCAGUCAACAACCAAAACAAUACAUAACAAUGACAGAAAAUAAUAAAAAUGAGCCACCAAAUAUAACUGAACGAAAGGCAGCGCCUGGAGAUGGAAUAAGGUCGAUGAAAUCAACAUGGGCUUUUAGAACUAUUAAUUUUGAAUUGUAUGCUAAGCCAAAUAUAGUUAUAAUGGCUAUUGGACUAAUAUCAAUCACUGGAGUAUUCGGCUAUAUCGCAUACAUGAGAGCCAAAUACGAAGGUCUAGGUUACUACUCAGCAGUAAAAGCAGAUGGAACUGAAGUUUUUGAAAAGAAAAAGUCACGUUGGGAGAAAUAAUUAGAUAAAGAUUCAUGUCAUGUUAGUUGUUAAUAAAAUUCAAUGCUUUUUUUAUUUAUUGAAAAACCUUUAGUUUCUAAUAUUUGAUUUGACUGCAGCCAGAUUUUCAAUGCAUUUAGUUUUGGUGAAAACUUUUUUCAUGUUUUUUGUUGUUUUACUAUUCUUUCUAGAAAAUAUUUGAAGGAGUAUAAAGACAACACAAUUAUUAAGUUUUAAUUUAUU